UUUCUCCUCCCUUUUCUGGGCAGGAGUCUAAGGAAAUGGUGGGGGUCUCUACCAGACAAUCGCCGACAGCUCGUGCGCGAAUGGCUCCGGAGGCGCCGCUGGCAUCUGGCGACGGGAGCGGGAGUUGCUUUGGUGAUCGUGGCCCUUCUGCUCCUAACACACCUGGAUGAGUCCCCUGUGACGGGGAGGACCCGCCUCCUUGUGUUCAGCAGGGAGAAGUACAUGGAGCUGGCUGCUCUGACUUCAGAGGCGCACCUGGAGGAGUUUGCGGAGCUGCUUCUUCCUGCCACUGACCCUCUUCACCAGAUGGUGGAGCAGGCGGUGCAGCUCCUAGCACAAAGGAACAAGGACAUCCCAGAAGUGUCUGAAGUCCCCUGGAGUGUUCAUGUGGUGGAAAGUCCCCAAAUCAAUGCCUUUGUCCUUCCAAAUGGGAAAGUGUUUAUGUUCACUGGGAUGUUGGGAGCCGUGGCAGAUCUGGACCAGCUCAUGAUUGUUCUUGGACAUGAAAUGGCUCAUGCUAUCCUGGACCAUUCGGCAGAACAGGCCAGCCUGUCUCACGUUGUGGACCUCCUGUCUCUUAUUGUGGUGACAGCCAUCUGGGCGCUGUGUCCUGGGGACAGCUUGGCACUGGUGGGAGGGUGGGCAAAGGACAAGCUCACGGAGCUGAUGUUCAACCAUCCCUACAGUCGAAAACUGGAAGCUGAGGCAGAUCAGGUUGGAUUGCAUUUAGCUGCUAAGGCCUGUGCAGAUGUGCGAGCAGGCCCCGUGUUCUGGCAGCAGCUGGAAAUUGUAGACAAGCUUACAGGGAAUCCCACGGUACCCGAGUGGCUGUCGACACACCCCUCACACAGGAACAGGUCUGGUCAGAUGGACCGCCUCAUCCCACAGGCUCUGGAGCUGAGGGAAACUUGUUCAUGCCCCGCGCUCUCUCCUGUUGACCCUCGAGCUGUCUUCUCAAAGACCGUCAGCGAGUUGCUGGCCAAAGCUAAAGAGCAGGGGGUCGGAGGGCUAGAGGGGACACGCGAGCCACAACCCGUCUCCGCCUCCGUAGGACUGCCGGUUUCUCAAACGGCGCUCGCUUCUCCCUCACAAGUGGCUCGGUUUAACAAAGACAGGGUCCCUGCUGUCACGUCUCCUCUCCCCACCGCUGCAGGGGAAAGAUCCCAGCAUGUGCUGCAGAACAUCAACCAGCAGGGGAGUUAAAACCCAAACAAACCUUCAACAAACUUCACUCACUCUAUUGACAAACUUGCUACAGUUUGAAGAGGCAGGAUUUUGUAUUUUCCAGACACAGAGUGUCAUUUUAGAGCACAAUCAAGUAACUACGUUAGCUUCAGUCGUUAUGAAAACGCUGCAUAAAUCAAAGGUGACUUGAAAGAAACUUGACUUUGCGAUUUAACGCCUUGAAAUUGAGCCUCUGUCUCUUUAACAAGCUCCUGCUUUUUACCGAGACUCCGCCUUCAACACGUCAUCCCGAAAACGUCUCUCCUUUAAAAACGUUUUUAACCAGCUUUUCACUGAGAAGUUCUUCAUGUGCUGAGCUCAGCAGAUGCAAUGUUCCACCAGGUGUUUGCUAAUUGCUGCUGCCGCUAGUCUGAAGGAGAUAGCUAGCAUUUUGAAACUCUGACUGGUUGCCACAGGAGAUUCAAGGAUUUCUCAAACAUGCAUGAAAGAAUCAAAGCAACACUCCUGGUGUGUCUUUGAC